CAGCCCGCUCUUAUUAACUGAAAUAACUGAAGCACAACAGCACAGCAACACGUAUCAGCACCAGAAAAGUUUUUGUUAAGAUGCCAACCAUAUUGUCAUCUUCAACUGAAAUAAAAAACAUGAACCAGGAGGAUAAAACCGUCAAUCCCCGGAGACUAGACAAGUGGAGGUUUCGUUGUCCAUUGACAGACAAACUGAACCCUGGUGAGACCCUGCUGUGGUCCCAGUCAUUGGAAAACCUCCUUAGAUCCAAAUAUGGCAUGGCAACAUUCCACACUUUCCUCAAGUCCGAGUUCAGCGAUGAGAACAUUGAAUUUUGGCUGGUUUGUGAAGACUACAAAAAAAUCAAGAGUUCGUCCAGGCUAUCCUCGAGGGCUAACAAGAUAUUUGAGCAUUUCAUCAAGGCAGAAGCUCCCAAAGAGAUAAACAUCGACCACGUCACGAGAGACCUUAUCAAGCAGAACGUCCAAGCUCCAACUAGAGUGUGUUUCGAUGAGGCUCAGAGGAUUGUCUUUGGUCUUAUGGAGAGGGAUUCCUAUCCCAGGUUUCUUCGCUCGGACAUGUACAGAUCCCUUCUGGAAUCAGUCUCGCAUAGGAUAAAGGUCUGAGAACAUUGUAAAUGAAGGACUGUAGGACUUCAAACACAUCUUUGGGACUGUUGGUGCAAUGGACAAGAUGGCCGUGG